CAAAAGCUGCUGCUUGCGUUGAUUGGGCCAAAAUUAAAAGUAUAUGUGGCUUAUUCCACGCCCAACACACGAACACACAGUACGCAUACCCUGCUUACCUUAAAAAUUUCUUCUUUUUCAUUUCCCCCUUACCCUAUAAUCAUAAAAAAGAUGGAAUCGACGCUACCUCGUCCAGAAAAGCGUAAGGCUGAAGAUGAAGUGGAUGAAGAACCUCAUAAGCGAGUAGUUAGAGAAGAAGCGAGCUCACCACAAGAAACCACCGCUGCCGCCGUCGAAGAAUACGAACCUGUUUCUUUUAAAGAAGAGGAAAAAGAAGGAGAAAAAGAACAAGUAGAGGAGCAAGAAGAGGAAGCCUACGAACCUUUACCCAUCAAAGACGAACCCUUACCCGUCAAAGACGAACCUGUCGUACCUUUAGAAACAGUCGUCCCUUUUGAUCGUUUAAUUGUGCUUCAUUUGGAAGCUACUUGUGAUGAAAACCCCACCAAUCCUGCAGCUGUUCAAGUCACCAAAGAGAAUUCUGAAAUCAUUGAAUUGUCGUUUGUGGUGUUGAAUGCAUCCAACAUGGAAGUACUCCAUAAACAACAAAUCUAUGUCAAACCCGAACGUACGCCAUUAACACCCUUCUGUACUGAAGUCACCGGUAUCAAAUGGAGCACGCUUGCUGAGGCAGGUACUUUAAAGGAUGCCUUGACACAACUCGACUAUUACAUUCAGACCGAAAUCGAAGCUCAAAACAAGACCUUUUGCUUUGUCACGCAUGGCGGCUGGGUCCUUCGCAUUCAAUUACCUCGUGAAGCACGCGAUAAGAACAUCACUUUACCCAACUAUCUGUCCUUUUGCCGCAUGUUUGAUUUAAAGCAAGAGAUUCAACGCUGGCAAGUACAUCACCCUGAAGUCAGCUUACGCUCCACCUCGUUACGCGACUUGUGUCAGAUCUUUCAUUUGAACCGUGUGACCGAAGAAGGACAAAGUGUGGGAUUAAAUGCAGCUUUGACCACAGUGGAGAUUAUGAAAUAUUUGACAGCGUCUCGCCAUAGUGAUGUCUUUGUGCAUCCCAUUGAUACAAAUGCCGAUCUCAAACAAUUCAAGAAGGAAGAAUCUCAAGUGAUUCAUUUGACUGGAUUACCUUUUGAAGUCACCCAAGGUGAGUUAGAAGCAUGGUUCUCCUCUAACGGAUUAAGACCCAAAUCCAUGAUGAUGAUUCAACCCUCGGACAAUUCCAAACCUAGCAUUAGUGGAUUUGUUGUAUUUUCAUUACAUCAUGAUGCCAUGCGUGCUUUAGCCUUAAACGGUCGUUGUCUAGGUGACCGUCCCAUUGAAGUCUGUCCUAGUUCUUCUCGUGUGAUUGAUGCUGCUGGUAAUAUGCUUGUUUCGUUCCCUCUGCAAGCCAAAUCCCGUCAAUUACGUCCAGGAGAUUGGAAUUGCUUCAAUUGCGGUUUCCAUAACUUUGCUUCUCGUCGUCAUUGUUUCAAGUGUAAUGCUGAGAACCCUUCUCCCUCACCUCAUGCUGGUAAUGGUCCUCCCAUGCCUACCUUCAGUGUAGGCGAUUGGAUUUGUCCUAACCCCUCUUGUACUUUCCAUAAUUAUGCUUCUCGUAUGCAAUGUAAGAAAUGCGGUGGAUAUAAACCCGGCGGAAAUAAGAUUAACAAUACUGCACCUCAUCAUCACCAUCAACAACAGCAUCAUAAUAUGUCCUUACAUAAUACGAGUGGUGGUCCUCCCAUGUCUUCCGCUGGUCCCUCUGGUGGUUAUGGCAAUGGUAACAGCGGUAGUACUCGUCCUCAUCAUCACAUUACAUUUAGACCCGGUGAUUGGUACUGUCCUAACCCUGCUUGUGGAUUCCAAAAUUUCGCUUCUCGUAAUAGUUGUUUCCGUUGUCAUACACCUAACCCCAAUGGUGGCGGAGGUAGUAGUGGAGGAGGUGGAGGACAUCAACAGUAUUCUCCUCAUCAACCUGGAUAUGGAUAUGGACAAGAUACCGGUUAUGGCUCUAAUGUAGGCGGCGGCUAUGGUGGAGCUGUAGCGCCUACGGGAGCAACAUCAACCGCAGCCGGCGGAGCAUCAGCAGCAGCAGCAGCAGCAGCAGCAGCAGUAGGAUAUGGGUACGUUCAAACUAGUGGUAGUGGUGGAUAUGGUAAUAGUAGUAGUGGACAAUAUGCAGUUCCUGGUGGUGGUUAUGGUGGAGGUACGAGUGGUGGUAGUGGUGGUAGUGGCAGUGGCGGCGGAGGUUAUUCUUAUAGUAGUGGUGGUAGUGUAAGUGGAGGUUAUGCAUAUGGUGGUAGUGGGGGACCAAGUGGCGGAGGCGGUGGUAGUGGCGGAGGUGGCGGCAGUGGACCCCAUAAUGCUCAAUUCCGACCUGGCGAUUGGAUUUGCCCAUCGUGUAAUUCCCAUAAUUUUGCGUCUAGGUUCCAAUGCUUAAAAUGUAGCACGGCCAAGCCAUUUAACCCUCAAGGAGGACCUCCUCCUAUGAAGCGUUAAAAAAGAUGUGUCACUAAUGGAUAAAUAAUAUUAAUAAACUUUUUUUUUUCUUUUUCCUUUCUCU